AAAGAAAUCCCUUUUUGUCUUCACAGAAAAUUAAGAUUGCUGCCUUGCGCAUGUACACAUGCUGCGUGGAGAGAGUCAACUACGACGAGUUCUUCGACAAGUGCUCUCUCCCCGACACACUCAACUCCUGGUUCUUGGUAGCGCAGCUACAUGUGUGGAUGUGCUUGGUGCGGAUGCGUCAGGAGGGCCGAGAGGGGAAGUACAUGUGCCGUUACAUCGUCCACUCCAUGUGGGAGGACGUGGAGCAGAGGAGCAAGAUCAUGGGGGUGAGUGGCUGCGUGUGUGUGUAUGGUUGUGUGUCUGU